UCAACACAACAAAAGCGACUCACAAAAGACUAAAAUUGUUUAUAAUUCGAUUGAAAUGAACACAGUUAUUGCGUUGAUCUUGCUGUUUGCGGCAGCUCGUGGGGCACAACUCAAUGUGAAUAAGCUGCUGCCCGAGGUGCAUGAUGAUAAGUUCUACUAUUUUGGCUUUGGAAGCAAUAUGCUAGCUAAGCGCAUUCACAUCCAGAACCCCACCGCGCAGCUGGUGGGACCCGCAACGCUGGCCGAUUACCGAUUGGACUUCGCCACGAUAUCGAACAGGUGGAAUGGAGCUGUGGCCACCAUUGUGCCGACAGCGAACGCACUUACUUGGGGCGCGCUGUGGGACAUCGAGUUGACCAACUUGGCGGACAUUGACGAUCAAGAGGGCGUUCAUCUCAACCUGUACAGACCCAUCACAGUGCACGUAAAACUGCAUGGCAAUGGAACGGAGAUUUCCGCGAGAGCUUACGUCCUGGUGCAGCAACCCGAGGGCAACGUGCAUGGCAUACAGGACUCUAUCGUGCCUGAGGACCGAAAGCCUUCCAAGACGUAUCUACAGGUGUUAGUCAAAGGUGCCAUCGAGAGUGGCGUUCCGCUAGAGUAUGUCAACUGGCUGAAAAAUAUUAAGCACAAUAACAUAACGGUAAAAGAAUUCGAACGGCUUCUUCAGUUGGAAUCAGUGAAAUUGUAGAAUGUAGCGUAAUGAGUUGAAGACUUAUGGAAUGUUAAAUAAAAUGAACAAGGUUGAACUGCUUUAUAACUGCACAACUGCUUAAAAAGAGGUGACCCCAUGCCCAUAUUUUAG